GCCCUGCCUGCUUUUUUUCUUUCUCUACCUCCUUUUGUCUCUCACUGCUAUGCUAUGAAUAAAUAAAUGGGAGUUGUCCAAGAGAGAGAGAGAGACAGAGAGAGAGAGACAGAGAGAGCUCUGAAGGUAUACUGUAUGGUGUGUGGGAGGAGAGGAGGGUAGCGGGAGACUAUAAAGAUGAGUGGGCUGUUGUGAAAAAGAAAGUAAGGAGAGAGAGCAGGAGCCGGAGAGAGGGGAUGUGUGAUAAGGGCGCUGGGGAAAUGACUGUUGGCUUCUUCUCUGUAUGGGACUGACAGCUCCAGCAGCUGUGGACACUGGGAUGAGAAUGGACGGUGGAGAGGGGAAAAAGCGCUAUGUGUCGACUCUGCAUGUGCAGCUGUCCCCUCGCCCUCGCACCGGAGUCACCACCAACAACCUGACCAUGAGCAAAAAUGAAACAUUGGACUCAGACUUUGAGAAAAUGUGCCAGAUGAAGAGCAAGCCAUCUCCCUCGUCCUCUGUGUUUUCCCCGACCUCCGAGAACCUGAAUGGCUCGAGGUCACCACUGACACCCCUGGGUGAGGGAGGUGCUGCCCGAGGACCAGUGUCACCUGUUCAGAGUCCCCAGACAGGAACCCCAGCACGCCGCAAAGAAGCUAUUCUGAAGAGGAGGUCAAGUUCAGGGACAGCUCCUCCAUUGCAGUUCUCGACUCCCCCAGCUGUGGUAGAGGUUCAGGUUGGAGCUGAGGCCCGUCUGACAGCUGGAUUCAGUGGCAGCUCACCUGUAGCCUCCUGCUGGAGUCACAACAAAGAGGAGGUGAAAGACAGACCUGGGUACCGUGUGGAGAGCAGUGACGAGCACAGCACCCUGCUGAUCUCUGCAGCUCGGCCAGAGGACGCCGGCCUCUACUGCAUCCUGCUACGGGACCGCAAAGGCUCCGCUCAGCAAACACUUACUCUGUCCAUCACUGACAGACCCCAUCCUCCGGCCUCCUGCCCCGUGGUGUCCUUCUCCCCUCAGGGUCCUGUGCUCUCUUGGUCAGGCCCCAGCUAUGACGGUGGCGUCGCAGUCACAGGCUAUGUGGUAGAGGUUAAGGAACUAGGGCCGAGGAAGUCUGCGGUCUGGCGCGAGCUCACAGCCCAUUGCAAGAGCACUUCAUUCAGGCUACACUCAGAACUUCGGCGUCACAGAGAGUAUUGCUUCCGGGUGCGCGUCUGUAACGUGGUGGGAGUCAGCGAGCCGAGUGAGGAGUCACAGGUCUUUCAGAUGGAUGCCCAAGAGGACCAACAGGAGGAACUACCACAGUAUGUGGAUGUCACCAUUGACACACUCCAUAAGGUCACCGACCACUACAACGUUUUAGAAAAACUGGGAUCGGGGAAGUUUGGUCAGGUGCUUCGCCUCAAACACAAGGAAACGGGGCACGUUUACGCUGGCAAGUUCUACAAGGGCCGCCGUGAGAAGGAGAGACAGGCGGCGAGAAGAGAGAUCGAGCUCAUGAAUCACCUGCAUCACCCCAAACUGGUGCAGUGCUUGGCAGCCUACGACAACAAGCCGGAGGUCGUCAUGGUGAUGGAGUUCAUAGCCGGUGGCGAGCUGUUUGAGCGUAUCGUGGAUGAUAGCUAUGAGCACACGGAGUCCACCAGCGCUAGCUACAUGCAGCAGGUUCUGGAGGGCGUCCAGUUCAUGCAUGAGCAGAGCAUAGUCCACCUGGAUCUCAAGCCCGAGAACAUCGUCUGUGUGGACAAGAGCGGAACCCUGAUUAAGGUCAUCGACUUUGGCCUUGCAUGCACGCUGGAUCCCUCUACCCCUCUGACGGUGAUGCAUGGAACCCCGGAGUUUGUGGCUCCAGAAGUGAUCAACUAUGAGCCUGUGAGCCUGGGCACAGACAUGUGGAGCAUUGGGGUGAUCUGCUACAUCCUGCUGAGUGGAGAGUCUCCCUUCCAGGGCAGCAGUGAUGCUGAGACUCUAGCCCUGGUCACGGCAGCGCAGUGGGAGUUUGAUGAUGAGAGCUUCGAGGACAUCAGCUCUCAGGCCAAAGAAUUCAUCAGCUCUCUGCUUAACAAGAACAUAAGACGCAGGAUGUCAUGUGAGGAAGCUCUGGCUCAUCCCUGGAUGGUCUCAGCUGGAGCGGGAGCCGCAAAGGUCCUCUCCAAGAAUAAAAUGAAGAAAUUCCUGGCCAGGCAGAAAUGGAAGAAAACUGGAAAAGCUAUCUUGGCUCUGAAGAGAAUGGCACCGAAAUCCAGAGAAGGCUCUCUGUCUGUAAGCAGCCCAGUGGAGGACUCCGCUGAGGUGCUGGAGGCUUUGGAGAGGAAACUCCAUUCUGCACCACAGUUCAGCCAGACCCUCUCAGACCUCACAAUAACAGCAGGAUCAGCGGCCCUGCUCACCUGCCAAAUCACAGGCUACCCUGACCCAGAGGUACAGUGGCUGAAGGGGGAGGAGGUGCUGGAGGAGCAGCAGUCCCAUGUGACAAUGGACUAUGAGGAGGACGGUAGCUGUAGCCUUAGACUGGAGAAGGUGGAGGGGCAGGACUUUGGAGUUUACACCUGCAGAGCCGUCAAUGACCAGGGGGAGGCAGUGUGCUCCGCUACACUCACUGUAAAGAACAGAGCUGGACGCUGAUGUUCAACAUUACACACACAGAAACAUAUCUUUGCAGUGCCUUGUGUUCAUGAAUUUGAGUCUUACUUUACUCUAAAUAAAUUUCAAAUCUUCCUGUG